GCAUGUAACUACAUAUGUAUGUGAAAGUUUUAGUAUUCGCUUUAAAUUUAUAAAAACUUUCUCUAUUCUUUUCUGGAACAAAUGUCAAAAAAGUUGUUGAUGAUUAUCUAUUGCUCAAAGACCUUCUCAUCUUUCCAAACUUUUGUCACAGGUUGAAGAGCGACGCGUGUGCGGUGCGUCCCCCCAUCUCAUCAAUUAAAUCCCGCACAAUUUUUUGAGGCAGUAAUCUCACGUUUUUAUUGGAUUUUUGUCGCAUCUGCGUCAAUCAAAACUUCUAUUAUUUUUCCAUAAUAUUAUUGAUAUUUAUUACAAAUGGAGCUUUCUGAUUCAUAUCCUAGUACUAGUACAAGUCAAGUACGGUUUUCCAUUCCAAUAGAAGUACCUGGAAUCAAAGUGGAAAGCCAGGACGAUGAAGAAAGUGGAAUUCAAUUUGAAGAAAUCCAAAUAAAUCGGGAAAAAGUGUGCUGCACAUUGUACCAAUGGAGUGGAAAACAUCAAAGAUGCUGCAAGAAUCAUCCGCAAAAUCGGCGAAACAUUGGCGAUAUUUCCAUAGUUUGGUUUUAUUUCGUUCUUCUCAUGCUGUUUUUGUGCUUGUUUUUUGUGAUUUUUCUAGGGGUCGUGAAAAAUUAUUGAUAAAUGAUUAAUUUAA